UUCUUUUAUCGAAAUCUUUCCCUGUUGGAGUUCUGGGCAAUUCGCGUAGUUCGCUAUUGAGAUAGGUAUGAAGGGGCAGUCGAACCGCCUUCAGAAUAUGGACCCUCCUGAUGAUUGGGUCAAUGGUUCGUGGACUGUGGAUUGUAUCUGUGGCGUCAAUUUUGACGAUGGGGAAGAAAUGGUUAAUUGCGAUGAAUGUGGUGUCUGGGUGCACACACGGUGUUCGCGUUAUGUGAAGGGAGAUGAUAUUUUUGUUUGCGACAAAUGUAAGGGGAAGAACGAGAGGAACGAUCGUGAGGAGACCGAGGUUGCACAGUUAUUAGUUGAACUUCCUACCAAAACCAUGAGCAUGGAGAGUGCAUAUAUCUGUAAUGAGCCAUCCCGGCGUCCACUUAGGCUUUGGACUGACAUACCAAUUGAGGAAAGAGUUCAUGUUCAUGGCGUUCCGGGUGGCGAUCCUGCUUUAUUUAGCGGGUUGUCGUCGAUAUUUACUCCACAGUUGUGGAAUUGCACUGGGUAUGUUCCAAAGAAAUUCAAUUUUCAGUACCGGGAGUUCCCCUGUUGGGACGAGGACCGGCGCGAUAACACAGACAAUGAAAAAAAUGAAAAUUCUGCUGACAAGGGUGCUGGUGUUCUUUUCUCUUUGUCGAAGGACAAUGUGUUGGCCACGCCUGUUGCAGCUUUGAUUGGUGUGAGAAGCAAAGUUGAGGAUGUAUCAUGUGACAGGAAUGGUAUAUUGAGUGAAAAGCAGGGGGUAAGUGAGGAUUUGGAUAGAUGUGAUGAGAAUGGUGUGAGGGAGAGAAGCUUUCUUCGACCGCUCAUACUACAUUCUGGAAAGUGCAAAAAAGAAGACUCUUCGGUAUCAAAAGAUCAAUGUGGGAAGAUUAAGUCUACACCCUCUGAUAAGGCGACAAACAUGAAAAAGAGGAUUGAUCAUGCUAAAACAGUGUUCACAUCCAUGAAUGAUGAAAAACAAUCGGCGGGCAGAGAUCUGAAGCACUUCAGAGGCGACAGUGAAAAUCCUAAAAACAAGAGUUCAAGGGGAACGUUGGUUCGAGAAUCUUCAUCGGAUGCAUAUGAUGUGGCUAAUAAAAUUGUCGAUAAAUCUAAAUGUAGUUUUGAGCUCUCUCCUGAUAUUGUUUCUUCUGAGACAGUUAAAACCAAUAGUGUCAGUGCAGUUGCACCGAAGGAAGAAAAUGGAGCUCAAGUUACUUUGGCAGUUGAGAAUUCCACAAAAAUUGAUGGAGUUGCACUACCCCUCUCUGCUAAAAAGGAUGUUGGAAGCGUUGUCAUGAAGCAGGGGAGUUGUACAGCACUUGACUAUUUAGACGAUGGCAUUGAAGGAAAUUUUAGGAGUGCUGUGAAGCCUUCCAUUGAAGGUUUAGCUAGCUCUGCACAUGAAAUCAAGGAUGCUCAGAUUCAUCAAGAUGUUAAGUGUGGCAAUUCAAUUGAUUCAUUGAAGUCAGAUGCCAAAUUGAAAAUAGAGAAGCAACAUGAUGUAUCUGGAGAAGCUUUGAACUUCCAGGCUUCGUUGCACGCUGAUGCUACAGAGCUGCAGAAGUGUAAAGAUUGUAUGCAUGAGAGUUGUAAGGUGAAUUCUGGUGGUGCAGUGUGUGGUUCACAAUUGGAUGGCCAUAAGGCAGAAGAAUUCAACAGAAGUUCUGAAGCUGCUAGCAAUUUUCGUCUUGAAAAGGCUGAUGAACAAUAUAGUAAUCCAUGUGAGUUUAAACAGGAAUUGGACUUGCCAGAAGGCAACACAAAAGUGCAUAUUAGUUCUAUGAAACCCCAAAAUGGCUCUGAAGUUGGUGCCGAAAAGCCAUCAAAAUCAGGUGGAAUGGUUUUCCACCAAUCUGCAUUACCUAGUCAACACAAAACAACACUAUGUGUUGGGAUGUCUUCCCCUGCAUCGGCGAAUAUUAUAAUUUCUAAACCAUCCAUAUCCAAUGAUUUAAAACCUGCAGAUCCUGAAAACCUAGAAGGUACUUCUGCCAAACAUGAGACUGUGUCUGGAAGUUGUGGUGGCAGUAGGAAAGAACGUUCUUCAAACGUUGACAGAGACGAAGAAAGGGAAAAACUUCCAAGGAGAAGAGUUAAAGAGCAUCCAAGUACCGCAGCAAAUUCCUUAUACUCUAGGGACUUGCAAGAUCCUAUUUCAAAAAGAACCACAUCGCAGUUAAAAGAUUCUGUUGUGCUCUCAACGGUUAAGUCAUCUAUGGUACAUGUAUCGGACAGUUCAGGCAACAGUGAGUCAGUCGAGUCACAUCUCAAUCAUAAGGGUUCAACUGCACAAAACAAGAGUGCAGACUCGUGUUUGCCACAAAAAGUCGACAAGCCUAGCCAGACGAACGUUCUUCCUCCAUCGAAGGUCAAUCAGCGUCAUGCAACAGCCAUGUGCCCUCCAGCAACUACAAAUCCAUCUGCUGUUCUGAGUGAUGAAGAGCUUGCCUUCCUUUUGCAUCAAGAGCUCAAUAGCUCACCUAGAGUUCCUCGUGUACCGCGAUUGCGUCAGCCAGGUAGCUCACCACAGUUGGGUUCUCCAAAUGCAACAAGCAUGCUAAUAAAGCGAUCUUCUUCUUCUAGGGGAAGAGAUCAUGCUACGAGAAGGCAAGAGACGAGUAAUUCUGCAGAAGCUUCGAAGAGGGAAGAAAAUGGAGCUCAAGCAAGACUGAAUGCUCUUAAAAAAGGUCUUCUUUCAGCCUAUGCUAGAAAUACUACAAGUAGUGGUCCAUCAUCAUCAGUGGAGGCAAAUGAUCAUAACAAUUCAUCUAUACGUAAUUCACCAAGGAACACAUCUGAUGACGAUACAGGCACCGUUGGAGAAGGUUCUGUUCAUCACACUUUACCUGGCUUGAUCAAUGAGAUUAUGAGCAAAGGAAGGCGUAUGACUUACGAAGAACUAUGUAAUGCCGUAUUGCCUCACUGGCAUAACUUGAGGAAGCACAAUGGAGAGCGCUAUGCUUAUUCAAGUCAUUCACAAGCUGUUCUUGAUUGUCUAAGAAACCGACACGAGUGGGCUCAACUGGUUGACCGCGGUCCAAAGACAAAUUCAAGUAGGAAAAGGCGCAAAUUUGAUGUCGAAGAAUCCGAGGAUAGUGAAUAUGGUAAAGGGAGAACAACAAAGGCAACAGAGGGCAAAGGCCUCGAGACCCAGAAAGAAGAGUUUCCGAAACGCAAGAGAAACACUCGAAAACGAAAACUAGCUCUUCAAGGAAAAGGUAUAAAAGAGAUUAGGAAGAGACGCAAGAUGGAGAUGUUUACUGACGACGACGACGACGUUGGGCUGCUUUCUGAUUCAAGUGAUGAAAGCGUGUUCAGUGAGGACGAGCUACAGGACGUUCAUGAAUGUUCAGAAAGAAGGGAAGCCUCUGGCUCCGAUGACUGAGAUGAGUAGUUUGGACGGUAUUCUCCGAAUUGUGGAUGUAAUUUCUUGUAGUUGUAUCCGAGUUACGACACGUCAUACCUAGCUAGGGCAGCCUUUGUUAC